AAGAACAAUUUUCUUCCUUUAUUUUAUAGCCUUCAUCUUCUUUGCUCUCUCUGUAUUCCUUAAAUACCACUCGCAUCCUUAGUUUGGACCAACCUACGUCUCCUAAUCCGACGGUCGAGAUGGCUCUAUCACACCUCGCCGCUUCUGCUUCUCGCUCAUCCAGUCUUCUUAAACCCCUCUCGUCGGCUCUUUCCCUCCGACGCUCGAUCUCCGGCGAUAACUCUCCCUUGACCGUCGAGACAUCCGUUCCUUUCACCUCUCACCAGUGCGAAGCUCCCUCACGUUCCGUCGAGACCAAUCCGAAGGAGCUCCUUACCUUUUUCCGAGACAUGGCGCUGAUGCGUCGGAUGGAGAUCGCUGCCGAUUCACUCUACAAGGCUAAGCUUAUCCGUGGUUUCUGUCAUCUAUACGACGGGCAAGAAGCCGUCGCCGUUGGCAUGGAAGCCGCCAUUACCAAAAAGGACUGCAUCAUAACUGCCUACCGCGACCACUGCACGUUCGUCAGUCGCGGUGGAACCCUGCUGGAAGUUUUUGCUGAGCUGAUGGGACGCCAGGCUGGUUGCUCUAAAGGCAAAGGAGGUUCGAUGCAUUUUUACAAGAAGGAUUCGAAUUUUUAUGGCGGUCACGGGAUUGUUGGAGCUCAGGUUCCGUUAGGAUGUGGCUUGGCGUUUGCGCAAAAGAAUUCUAAAGACGAAACCGUGACUUUUGCUUUGUACGGUGAUGGGGCCGCUAAUCAAGGGCAGUUGUUUGAGGCAUUGAAUAUCUCUGCGCUUUGGGAUCUGCCUGCAAUUCUAGUCUGCGAGAACAAUCAUUAUGGUAUGGGGACAGCAGAGUGGAGAGCCGCGAAGAGUCCAGCGUACUACAAACGUGGGGAUUAUGUUCCUGGUUUGAAGGUGGAUGGCAUGGAUGCCCUUGCUGUGAAGCAAGCUUGCAAGUUUGCCAAAGAGCAUGCAUUGAAGAAUGGACCAAUUAUUCUUGAAAUGGACACAUACAGGUAUCACGGCCACUCCAUGUCUGAUCCUGGAAGCACCUAUCGAACACGUGAUGAGAUUAGUGGUGUUAGACAGGAGCGUGAUCCAAUUGAAAGAAUCAGGAAGCUGAUAUUGUCUCAUGAUCUAGCUACUGAAAAAGAGUUGAAGGAUGUUGAAAAGGAAGUGAGAAAAGAGGUAGAUGAUGCAAUUGCUCAAGCUAAGGAAAGUCCAAUGCCUGAACCUUCUGAACUCUUCACAAAUGUGUAUGCGAAAGGUUUGGGUGUUGAGUCAUUUGGAGCAGAUAGGAAAGAAGUAAGAGCUACACUUCCAUAGUUUGAGGCUUCUCUGGAGUGAGUUCACUAAUUUUUAAUUCGUUGCCCACCAAUCAAUCUUGCAAGACUGAAAAGAAAUAAAGCAGCUAGGGAAGGUGAUCUGAUUUCCCGGCUAUCAAUUUGAUUUUGCACUUCUAUUUGUAUUUGUAUAGAAUACUUUAUUUGGUUCCUCUCUAUAGAUUAUGGACGGAGUUGUUAUGUGUAAUGUUGUGGUUUAUCCCACGGUUUUACAUUACCUAUGAUUUGAUUAAAUAGGUUGCAUUUCUGAGAGAA